GCCAUUGGCUGGCCAGGCUGCCAAUCACAGCCUCGAUAUUCCGGUCCUUCCUGAUGUAGCAACACCAGACAGGAGAGCUAAACGGAGUUUUCAUUACCUUCAGGUUGUUGACGCUGCUUAAUGAAGCUUUUCUGCUGUACAGCUGACUCCAAUCAAAACAGAGUGACGUCACAGAGGCGUUUCCCUGUUGCCUGCUGGGAGAGACCAACUUCCUUAUCUGUGGUUUUUGUUUUAAAGCGUGAAGGAAAGCUCUUGCACAAACAACAUGUUCUCAGGUUCGAACCUGGAGACGAUCGCGUUAGCAGGAAGCUGUGGCGUCUUUGACACAAUCAUCAGAGGUGUGAUGAUGAAACCCCCCGAUGGCGAGGCGCCUCAGUGCAGCGGCUCAGGAUGGAGGUAGCAGCUCUCUGCGCUGUCGUUGCUUGUCUGAGGCUCUUCCCCAGCAGAUCCCAGUUCUUCCAGUAUGAAUCUGUUUCUCUGAGCUGUGAAGGAAACUCGUCUGAGUGGAGAGUCAGGAGAAAUACAUCAAAACAAAUAAAUGGACUCUGUCCCUCAUAUUCAAAUCACACACAUGAAACUGAAUGCAUCUUCAGUGAGCUGUAUGAAGCCGACUCUGGAGUUUACUGGUGUGAAUCUGCAGCAGGCGAACGCAGCGAUUCAGUCAACAUCAGCGUAAAAGAUGGAUCAUUGAUCCUGGACAGUCCUGCACACUCAGUUAGUGAAGGAGAAAACCUGACUCUUCACUGCAGAUUCAGGCCACCGUCUUUCUCCAAUCUGACUGGUUUCUAUAGAAACGGGGUUCUGGUCGGGAACAGCUCUACGGGAACCUUCACCAUCCGAAGCGUUUCUAAAUCUGAUGAAGGAUUUUAUAAAUGUAACGCCUCUGGAGUGGGAGAAUCAGCAGAAACCUGGCUGGAUGUAACAGGGCGCAGGCCUCAAACGCCUACGGCUCCGCUCGCCCUCAUACUACUUCCUGUUGUGGCCUGCAUUUUGUUGCUGAUUGCGCUGAUGUUGCUCUGCCGCUGGAGAAACCGCAAAGGUCAGUGUGUUUUCAAGUAAACACUCAGAAAUUUCACAUCCUCCUGCGUCUCUGUGUUCAGGUGUCAGAAAGGAGGGAGGGGAAUAAACGGAGGAGUUUACGUGAAACGAGAAUCUCUGUGACCUGAGGAUUAUUCAGACUGAUUUAGCUUUAAAGGAACCAUUUAACUUAAAGUUAACGUUUCGUAGCGGUCCGACCAGAAUCCUGGUCAAAAUUCUUGUUUAAAUUACAU